AUGUCACCAAGAUACAACAUGCAUGCAUUCUAUGAGAGACCGUGGGCGCGGCGGGCGGCCGCAGAGCGCGCAUGGUGGCGACGGCGCUGGUCGUACACGUUGUUCAGCGGGUUGACGGAUGCGCCAUCCCGUUUAGCACGAACGGCACGGCGCGUGACGCUAGUCGCAUCGCAAGUUUCAGCGCUUGAGGUCGCGCUGGCGGAGGCGGAGGGAACCGCGCUCGAGACGACCGCACUGGAAGUCGCGAUCGCGGACGAGCUGGGAAUUGCAGGGGCAGACGAGCUGGCGAUUGCAGAGCUCGAGACAAUGGGCGCUGAACUCGAAGCAAUGGGGAUGGAAGAAGCGGAUACGACCGGUGCAGAGCUUGAAGCAACGGGAGCGGAAGAAACGGAUACGAUUGGUGCAGAACUCGAGGCUACGGCAGAGCUAGUCGGCUCAGGCUCGUCCGAGCAGCCGUCAUCAGUCGAGGUCGGCGCAUCCGUCGAAACCGGUGCAACAGUCGUGACGAUCGCAGAGCUGGUAGGUUCGGGCGCAUCCGAGCAGCCGUCAUCCGUCGAUGUCGGGGCAUCAGUUGAGACGGGCGCAGCAGACGAAAUCACUGCGGAGCUGGUAGGCUCGGGCGCAUCCGAGCAGCCGUCGUCCGUGGAGCUGGGAGCGACAGAGCUGAACACAGAGCUCGCGCUGGCGAUGGCACUGGAAGAGACGACAGGGGCGGUCGCGCUCGGCACGCUGACGAAGCUGGAGGAAACAACCGGUACGCUUCCAGUGGAAACACCAAUGAGGCUGGACGAUGCAACGGGGACCGACCCGGUGCUGAGAACACUGGUGAGGCUGGCCGACGGGGCGGUGGGUACACCCAGACCGCUUGAGGUGGGGCGUGGGCGGCAAGAAGCCCUCGGCGACGUGACAGCUGCAGUCGUUGACACAACCGCGGACGAUGAGACGACUACAGGGGUCGAAACGACGACUGGUGACGAAGCGACCGCAGAAGACGUGAUGAUGAUGGAGGACGAGACAAUUGCCGAGGAUGACACGACAGGCACCGACGACGGGAGGAAGACAGCGGAGGACGAGACAGGCAGGAGCACGGGCUUGCUCGAGAACGUCGCGGUCGGGGCUACGGAAGACGCCGCAGGGCUCGAGAAAAUGCUCGAGAAAGCACUGACGAUUGAUGACGAGGAGAUAGACGGCACCGGGGAAGCGCUGUUACUGAAGGAAGGGACGACAGAUGAAGCGGACGCCGACGGAGAGCUGGCGGGCUCACUUGGGGUCGAGGCCGGAGCAGAUGACGAAGCCGGAACAGAGCUCGCAGAGGCCGACGUGGUGUUGCCAGAUGGGGGGAGGUUGUCGGGGUUGAGCUUGGUAGCGUCAGCGCAGAAAGCGAUCAGCAAGUUGACCUGCAAGUGGAAGAUCACGGUCAAACAACACCGCCUGGGUUUAUCAUAG